GCGUCGUGCUGUGGAGCCGCAGUUCGGCUGGGAGGGUGUGACGGUGGUUAUGGCGGCCACGUUCUUCGGGGAGGUGGUGAGGGCGCCGUGCCGAGCCGGGACGGAGGACGAGGAGGAGGAGGAAGAGGAGGGGAGGAGGGAGACGCCCGAAGACGGGGAGGUCCGGCAGCAACUAGCGCGGAAGAGGGAGGUGCGGCUCCUUCGAAGACAAACAAAAACAACUUUGGAAGUUUCUCUGCUAGAAAAAUAUCCUUGCUCCAAGUUUAUAAUUGCUAUAGGAAAUAAUGCAGUAGCAUUUUUGUCAUCAUUCAUCAUGAAUUCAGGAGUCUGGGAAGAAGUUGGUUGUGCUAAACUCUGGAAUGAAUGGUGUAGGACAGUGGACACUACACACCUGUCCCCCACAGAGGCUUUUUGUGUGUUUUAUCAUCUAAAAUCAAAUCCCUCGGUUGUGCUCUGUCAAUGUAGUUGCUACGUUGCUGAAGAUCAGCAGUAUCAGUGGCUGGAAAAGGUUUUUGGCUCUUGUCCAAGGAAGAAUAUGCAAGUAACUAUUCUUACAUGUCGACAUGUUACUGACUAUAAAACUUCAGAAUCUACCAGCAGUCUUCAUACUCCUUUCCUGAAAGCCCUAAAAACACAGAAUUUCAGAGAGCCUCCUUGCUGUUCACUGCUAGAACAACCAAAUAUCGUGCAUGACCUUCCUGCAGCAGUUCUGAGUUAUUGUCAAGUAUGGAAAAUCUCUGCAAUUCUGUACUUAUGUUAUACUGAUGUGAUGAAAUUAGACCUAAUCACAGUUGAAGCUUUUAAGCCUGUACUUUCUUCCAGAAGCUUGAAAAGUUUGGUUAAGAAUAUUCCCCAGAGCACAGAGAUACUGAAGAAAUUGAUGACAACAAAUGAGAUUCAGAGUAACAUUUACACAUGAUUCCAAAGAUUGUUUUGUAGAGUAUAUUACCCAUCCAUUCCUAGAAGGGGAGCGGCAUGCACUGUUUUGUAGGUUACUUUUUCUUCAGGGAAGUAUUUUGAGGAUGUUAACAGAAUAAACUUAUUUUAAA